AUCAGGAGAGAAAUCGGUUUCUUUAGGAAAACAAAACAAAAAUAAAAAUGGGAAUUUAAUCACUUGGGAAUUCGAUUUUUUUAGCAGAAAGAAUUAAUUUAGUCAGGGUUUCAAGGUCUCGCCCCCUAUUGAACAGAAUCUUGAUUUUCAGGUAUACUGAUCUCAACACUGUCAACCGCACUUUCAUCUUCCAAAAGUCAAGAAAGAAAGAGAAGGAGAAGAUGCAGAAUGAAGAACAGCUGACAUGUAAAAUCGAAGAUUUGGCAAAUUGUUGUGGAGGAGUAGAUGAUGAUAUCAUGCAAAAGCAAUCAAGUAUCCCAUUACUUGGCGACAAGGAGCCUUUGUCUACAUUAGCAGCCGAGUACCAAUCUGCUAGUCCUAUCUUGCUUGAGAAAAUAAAGGUUCUUGGUGACAAGUAUGUUGCAAUUAGGCGAACACGUGGAGAUGGGAAUUGCUUCUUUCGAAGCUUUAUGUUUUCGUACCUAGAGCAUAUUUUGGAGACACAAGAUAGGGCGGAAGUUGAUCGUAUCAAACUCAAUGUUGAAGAAUGUAGGAAAACACUGCAGAGUUUGGGUUAUGUGGACUUCACGUUUGAGGAUUUUUUUGCGUUAUUUCUUGAGCAGCUGGAUGAUGUUCUUCAAGGAAAUGAAAAUUCAAUAAGUCACGAAGAGCUUCUAAAUAGGAGUCGUGAUCAGUCUGUAUCAGACUAUGUUGUCAUGUUUUUCAGAUUUGUGACCACUGGAGAAAUAAGAAAACGUUCUCAGUUUUUUGAACCCUUUAUAUUUGGAUUGACGAACACAACAGUAGAGCAGUUUUGCAAGUCAUCAGUGGAACCUAUGGGCGAAGAAAGUGACCACAUGCACAUUACUGCACUGUCAGAUGCAUUGGGUGUGCCAAUUCGUGUUGUAUACCUCGACCGCAGCUCUUGUGAUGCAGGUGUUGUCAAUGUAAAUCAUCAUGAUUUCGUUCCUGCUCCAGGCAAUCUCCCAAGUGCCACUAGUGCUAGUUCUGAGAGCAUCAAUCCCUUCAUUACCUUGCUUUAUCGUCCGGGUCACUAUGACAUUCUCUACCCGAAGUGAUGCUUUCUGCAAUUCUGAAUGCAGACCAUUAAAGAAGUCCGGGUGAUGGAGGCUGUCAAGGUCAAUUUGAAUUAUGACGAAACACAAAGUUGCAAAGCAAAGGCCUUAGCCUCAUCUGUAUUUGUGCUGUACAUUGUGAUAAAUGUUCUAAUGCUUCUGAAUUGUGAGUGGGGGCCUAAAUGCAGGUUGCCUGAAAGUUUCAGACAGUCAUCUGUUCCAAUUUAGGAUGGAGCAUGUCCUCACCUGGUGUUUAAUCAUCUUUGUGAAAUUGCAUUUGCUGAAAGAGGAAGAAAACUGUUUAAUGCA